AUGUCGCACGGCACCGACAGCCACGCCGACCCGGCCAACGCCCACGAGCCCGUCGCCUCGACUUCGACCCUUCCUCCUCCCGCUCGCCGCCUCGCGACCCUCGGCAACCUCCCGCCAGAGCUCAAGCUCCUCAUCGUCCAGGCCGUCGCCCGCCUCGACCUCGAAGACGACGGCGACAAGCCCAUCCUCCCGCCGGCCCACUGGGUCGACGACGUCUACGGGCCCGACGACGACGACUCGCCGUACCAGUUCGGCGCCAAGCGUCGCAGCAGCUCGCAGUGGCCGGCCGGGCGCAUCCGCCCAGAUCGUCCCAAGGACGACUUUGGCGAGGGCGAGGGCGAUGACGACGGCAGCUGGGCCGACGUCGACGAGCUCGAGCUCGACGACGAGGGCAACCCGUCGCCCGAAGCGCUCGCCAAGGUCCGCGAGCAGUACGCGGUCGACAUGGCCGACGCGCUCGCCCCGACGGGCAUCGACGCCCUCACGCUCGUCAACCGCGAGUUCAGCGCCAUCGCGAUCCCGAUCAAGUGGGUGGCCCUGGACCUCAGUGAGCGCUCCAACGAGGCCAUCGCCAUGGCCGUCUGCACGAUCCUCCCUCAUCGCGGCCUCCACGUCCGGUCGAUCCAGUUCGCCCAGGCCCCGUUCAAGAUGUACGACAACGACGACCAGCCCGACAACGCCGACUAUCCCGCUGUCCCCGACGUCCCGCUCAGCGACCAGUUCCGCGAGGUCAUCGAGGCGAUUGAGCAUGUCUGCGGCCAUUCGGGCGUGGGCGUCUCGAACGAGCGGCGGGUUCGGCGCGUGCGCAGCAUCCUGCUCGCCACAGUCGUCCGUCUGUGCAGCAACACGGUUCGUGUUCACGGCGAGACGUUCCCGCGCACGCGCCUCCAGUGGCUCGACGACGCCGAGAUCGAGGACGAGGCCGACAUCGACGACCACAUGGCCGUCUACGCCCACGACCACGCGUUCGAGAGCGUCAAGAAGUACCUCGGCCCGCAACUCGUCGACCUGACGCUCGUCGUCCCGGACGACGGUGUCACAAACGAGCUCGACGUCGCCGACAUCAUCGCGGCGUGCCCCAAGCUCCUCCGCCUCGAGCUCGACGUCGGGCUGCCCGAGGGCGACCGCGCCCACCGGCUCCAGCUCCACGACGCCCUCGCAGCGCUACCGGCGCUCGAGGUCUUCGCCCACUCGGCGGGCGUGUUCAUCAACGACGAGUUUGCGGCGCGCGACGACGUCAAGUGGCCGCUCAAGCUGCUUGGCCUCGCCGAGUGCGAGAACCUGUCGUUCCCGUCGCUGCGCAAGUUUGUGCACCGGUUCAAGGCGACGCUCGAGUGCCUCGACCUCGACGGCGCGCCGCACACCAACGUCGACCGCGACAACGACGCCUUGUGCGCGCUCGCGUUCGACCUCCCCAAGCUCGACACCCUCAUCCUCUCGACGCAGCAAGAGGCGCCCUUCCUCGUGUCGGCGUUCGCGUCGUGCCCGAUCGAGGCCCUCACGCUCGGCUUCUGCCCGGCCGUCGACCUCCACGACCUCGAGACGUUCAUCGACGUGCACGCCCUCACGCUGCGCCGCAUCGAGGUCGCCGGCGACGCGGCCCUGAGCGAGGCCCAGGUCGAGAGCCUCGAGGUCCUGUGCCACGCCAAGGGCAUCGAGUGCGAGCUCCUCCCGCCGGACGACGACGACAGCGACCUCGACGACGACCCGAGCGAGUGGGGCGGCAUCGUCGCAGACGGCGACGACGACACGGACCAGGACGAGUGGACCGAGGAGGACGACGAUGCCGGUGAUUGGAGCGACGAGGAGGAGGACGAGUAGAAGGUGCGGCAGCUGUCGGACGGCUCGUGUGGACGCGCAAGGCGAGGUCUUCUUUCCCACUUUGCGAGCUUCGCCAGUCGCGCC